UUUUGAUCUUAUAAAGAAUAUUUUUUGUCUUAUUUGUAUGUAAGAUUUUUAUUUGUUUUAAAAUGAGAGGCCUAUAUAUCCUGAAUCUUAUAAAGAUCCAACUCACGACCUCUGUCUCAUAAAUUCCUGAGAAACCAUGAGUAAGUCAUAUUAAAAAAUAAUAAUAAUUAGUACACUUGACUACGAAGGAAAUACAAGAAGGAUAUGACAGAGUUAGAGGUGCCCCUGAUUUGGAAUAACGAAGUUAACAGCCGUCAUCUUUCAAAUGAAAUAACAAACCCUCGUACAGGCACAUUAUGGACUGCAACUGCACAUAUAAUCACAGCAGUGAUAGGAGCAGGAGUUUUAUCCCUGGCCUGGAGUGUUGCACAAUUGGGAUGGAUUGCAGGUCCUGCCAUCAUGCUCGUUUUUGCUCUCAUAACAUACUAUUCCUCUUCUUUGCUAGCAGAUUGUUACAAGUUUCCUGACCCUGUCUUUGGACCCAACAAGAACUACACAUACAGGGAUGCUGUGAAAGUGAAUCUGGGUGACAGGCAAGCAUGGCUGUGUGCACUGGUACAAUAUGUGUCCCUGUAUGGAGCAGGGAUUGCUUAUACAAUCACUGCCUCAAUUAGCAUGAGAGCAAUCAGGCAAUCGAAUUGCUAUCACAAGAAUGGACAUGACUAUCCAUGCCACUUUUCAGAAACCACCUUCAUGAUCAUUUUUGGAAUGACAGAACUUAUCAUAUCUCAAAUACCAAACUUUCAUAAAGUUUGGGGUCUUUCAAUAGUUGCAUCAAUAAUGUCCAUCUCCUACGCAACAAUAGGACUGGGUCUUGGCAUUGCAAAAGUAGCUGAAAAUGGAGAGCUUUAUGGAAGUAUAGCUGGAAUCAGCUCGAGCACAGCAAUAUCCACAUCGCAGAAAGCUUGGCUGGUCCUCCAAGCUAUUGGCGACAUAGCAUUUGCUUAUCCUUACUCUAUUAUUGUCAUAGAAAUUGAGGAUACAUUGAAAUCAGAACCUCCAGAAAACAAAACUAUGAAGAAAGCUUCCAUGAUUUCUGUAACAACGACAACUUUCUUCUAUUUGCUUUGUGGUUGCUUUGGGUAUGCAGCAUUUGGAGAGAAUGCACCUGGAAAUCUCAUGACAGGUUUUGGUUUUUAUGAGCCUUACUGGCUGAUUGACUUUGCCAAUGCAUGCAUUGUAGUUCAUAUGGUGGGAUCCUACCAGGUAUACUGUCAACCCUUGUUUGCUUUCAUUGAAGAUUGGUUUUUGAACACGUGGCCAAAUAAUAGACUUUUCAGUAAUGAAUAUGCUGUGCCCAUUCCUCUGCUUGGGUUGUAUUAUGUUAACCUAUUCAGGCUAUUUUGGAGAAGUGCAUUUGUGGUCUCAACUACCGGUAUUGCCAUUUUGAUUCCAGCUUUCAAUGAUGUUCUUGGACUUCUGGGAGCUAUUAACUUUUGGCCAUUGGCAGUGCACUUUCCAGUGGCAAUGUAUAUGGUGAAGAAUAAAGUCCAACAAUGGACAAUUACCUGGUUUCUUUUGCAAGCCUUCAGUUUCAUUUGCCUCCUCGUCUCAGUGGCAACUGCUCUGGGAUCAAUUGUAGGCCUUAUUGAAGGAUCUCUUCUACCUAUCGGUCUUCCAAUGCAUUUUACAGAUAUACAAUCCUUCAAUAAUGUAUGGUAUCAUUUCCUUGAAGAACUUAUUCCUAAAUAAAUAUAUGGUGUUGAUGCCUGACGGGUCUCCAGACCAGAACUUGAGGCAUGCCUCCAAGGGAGUUGUCUGCAUUGAGCUAGGCAACUAUAGUUACAUUGGAUGUACAGAAGAAGACUUAUGAUGGACAGUUUUCGAAAUUCACCUACAGCUAGUAGGACACACUCGUGAUCUUGAAUGUGUUGUGAGAAUGCCUUCAAGAAACUUGAAGACGGCUUACUCCUAUGGUUUGAUAGUUUAUCAAAUUUUCAAUUCAUUGGCUUGGAAAUGCAUCUAAGAGUCACUGGCUCUUGAACUUUUGAGCAUCUACACCUAAUUUAUGCCAAGCGGAGUAACUUUGCAGAUUGUGACUCAUCUUACUUCAAGUGCUGUAAACUUAACAACUACACUCAGAUGACCCCUGCUGUAAUUUUUUAUCUUGAAAGCGAUAAUCCCUCAAACAUUCAGUGAGACCACAUCACAAUCCACUUCACCCAUGAACUGUGUCAUAUUAUGAAUUUGAUCAUCAAUUUAGU